GACAGCCACUCUGGGAGGCGGGAGUGGAGGGGGGGAUUGUAAUGAUGGUGAAAUCUCUCCCAUACCAAUUUUUCCUUCCUCCCGGUCAGUGGCUCCCACUGGCGGGUUCAUGCGUGGGGGUUGGGAGUGUGUCUGCGUCUGCCAUCCCCUCGUGACUAUGACCGUGACCCGAGGGGGGGGGCGAGUGGAUUUAGGGGAUUAAAGCAAUGGGAGGAGGUCGUGGGGUUGGUGGCGGUGGUAGUGGCGGGGUGGGAAGAUACGGCUUUAAAGGCUGGGGGCGUUGCAGAGUGUGCGUCAGCUAAAGGCGGAGGGGGCGAGCGGUGGGCACUGGCUGUCUGACAGACAGACUGACGUUCUGAGUGAUAGACAGACUGACUGUGGAACUGAGCCAGCUGGAGAGUUGGGGGCGGGCGCAGUUGUGGACGCAGCCCGGGAAUAGGACGGCGGGCCGGCGCAGUUGUGGGCUCCGGGCGCAGCGAAGCCUAAGAGCCUCGGUGUCCCUGCCGCCGCCUCCCCCGCGGCGGCGGAGGAGGAAGGGGACGGUCGGGCUAGAAGCGAUCACAGCUGGCCUGGGGCGAGCCGGCCGGCAGCUCUAGCCCCAGCCCCAGUCGCGGCUCCUGCUGCAGCGCAGCCGCCUCCAGCUCCAUUCAUUCUCCGAGGCUCCGCCUCCUCCCUAGCUCUUCUCCCGUGAGUCCGGAGGGCGCGCCCAGACGAGGGGAUGGCAUUUCCUGUGGAUAUUCUGAAUAACUGUAGUCAUGAAGAAUUAGAAAGUUCUGCAGAAGAUUACUUGUUAGAUCUCAGGUGUGGGGACCCAGAGAAUCCUGAACAGUUUCCUCUUCUCAGUAAUCUGAUUCCAAUCAGCCUGUCAACUGUUGGCUUUAUUCCUCUUUAUGGUGGUGAUCAGACCCACAAAAUUCUUGCUCUUUUUGCACCAGAGGACUCACUCACAGCUGUGGCUCUCUACCUUGCUGAUCAGUGGUGGGCUAUUGAUGAUAUUGUGAAAACAUCAGUCCCUUCUAGAGAAGGGCUUCAGAAGGUGAGCACCCUUGGGGAGAGAGUGGUGCUGUAUGUUUUAAAUCGAAUAAUUUAUAGAAAACAGGAAAUGGAAAGAAAUGAGGUCCCAUUUCUAUGCCAUAGCAGUACAGAUUAUGCUAAAAUUUUGUGGAAGAAAGGUGAAGCUAUUGGAUUUUAUUCAGUUAAACCUACAGGAAGCAUGUGCACCUCCUAUCUUACUCAAAGUUACCAGCUUCCAGUGCUUGACACAAUGUUUGUAAGAAAGAAAUACCGUGGAAAAGAUUUGGGGCUACUGAUGCUAGAAGACUUUGUUGAUUCUUUUACAGAAGAAAAACUUGGUUUACGGUUUCCCCUAUCUUCUUUUAUGCAUACAGCUUGUAGACAGUAUUUUGAGAAGUACCCAGGAGAUCAUGAACUUCUUUGGGAGAUUGAAGGAACUGGACAGUGGCAUCAAAGAAUACCCAUCACCAGUGCAUUACAGAGAGAAGCAUUCAGAUGUGCAGAGGUUUCUCCAAAUGAAGUGAGAAAACUUACAUAUGAAGACUGUGACUCUACACCUAUUCGCGAAUGUGAAGUAGGAGGUGGAGACAAGCUGUCUAGGGAAGUGCAGGUUGAUCCUGUAAGAGGAAAAGGUAUCUCAGACACCAAUGCAAGUACAUCUGAAGGACUUGAUAAAACACCUAUUAACACUCAAACAAGAAGCAGUCAUUUGAAGAGGCCAAAAAUUGGAAAGAGAUUUCAUGAUUCAGAACUUAACCCUCUUCAAGAUGUGGAUGAAAACACUCCUCAGGCUUCAUCUGUGGCUCCAAUAAGCAGACUGGAAUCUACUGCAUAUACAUCUGAGAGCUCAGAAGAGUUAAUUGAAGAUGAACCUGAUGAGAGUGCAGUUGAUUUUGAACGGGAAAACAUAGAAAAAGAACAACACAUCCUAGAAACACAAGGGUUGAGUAAAUCAGUCCUAGAGAAGAAAGAUGACGAAGAGGAAUCUGAAUUAGAACCUCUGAAUGGUGAGGUAAUGGAAGACCCCAUAAAGGCCUCACUAAAACCUGAAGAGGACACUGAUCAUGAUGCUUUGGAUGGAAAGUCAAAAUGGCCAUCUGGUCAUUCCAGUGAAGAAAUUGGAACUCUCCUUGUUCCACCCAUGGUUGAAUCUACAAAGACUCCUGAGGAUACUGCACCAGAUAAGGUCACAGAUGUGAUUGAUUCCAAAAUGGAGAAGGACAAAAGCUCACAUGAUGAAAAAGAAAGCUCCGAGGAAAAAUCUCUCCCAACUUCACGAAAGAAACCCCUUUUGGAAGGUUCUGAUAGUGUUGCCAUGACCCCAAAGGAAGAAACAUCAGAUAAUGGUCUUUCAAACUCUGUGGUAGGUGAAGCAUCAGAAGAAUCUGUUUCUGAAAAUGUGUCACCCAAAACAACUUCCUCAUUGGAAGAUCAGGGGGAAGAAAUGGUCCCUGAUUCCCAGGAAAACCCAACGACAACAACCCCUCCUCAGAGUUCUCCAGUAGUGGUUGGACUUGAAGAUGUUCAAAAUAUAGGACAAAAGAAUCAGUCAGAAGACCAGUCUGAAGCAUCUUCAGAGCCUCAGGAUCAUUUCACCCAGUCAACUGAGAAGGCUGCGGACAGCAGUUCAGAGGAGGUAGAAAUUGAAGUACCAGUAAUAGACAGGAGAAAUUUAAGAAGAAAGGCCAAAGGGUACAAAGGACCCGCUAAGAAAAAAGCCAAGUUAGCUUGAGUGGAGGAAGAAAUAUCAGUCAUAAAAAUCCUCUUUGUAAAAAAUUGGUAUAGUUUUCUUAUAAUAUGGCAGUUAACAAAAACCACAUGGUAUAGAAGAUAAACAUUUGUUGUUCCAAAAUUUCAAGUUGGAAUUAUUUAUGAUGCAUUCCCUCUUGUAGGAAUCAAGAUUAACCAUUCUUCUUAAUUUUUUGUAGACAUUUUCUGCACUAUAAUUUUUUUUAAACCCACCACCUUCCUAUUUUGGAUCAUCAAAUCAGUGUAAUUUCAUCUUAAAAAAAAAAAAGAUGAUUUCAUCUUUAGCAGGUGGAGAUAGCCAUUACUUUUUUAAAAACCUAUAUCAUAAAUACAAAGGCUGCUGUGAAAAUAGCAGACUUUCCACUGCUUACCACAGAAAUCAUCUUUUGUACUUUUUAUACUAAGACGUUUUCAUACAAAAUAAAAAUGUUUCACAGUCUUACUCUUCAAAAGCAAAAUUCAUUUCAAGCAGUUUUUAAAAGAUAGGAAUGCAUAAAAUGGCAACAACUAAUUAAAAUAUCACUAAAAUAGAAUUUAAAAAAUAAUCAUCUUUAAGUGGCUGAUAGCAUGACCAUAAAACUAUAUGAAGUCAAAGGUAUAUAAAUCAUAUUUCUUUGGCUUCUAAUUCUAAUCACAGAAAUUUAUUCUUGCAUCCAUUUGCAUAUGUGUUGGUGUAUAGUCACACACACACACACGCACACACACACACACACACACAAUUCUUGAGUCAAUCUUCUAUGUUAUGAUCUGAUAUUCCCAGUGAUGGGAGCAUUAGUCCUUUGUGUUGGGUAAACAAAUUAUACUUAAAUACAAAUUAUAUUAAAUUUGUUAUUUUGCUAUAAAUUAUUUUAUUGUGGUCCCUAACACUUGAAUUGAUGAAAUGCUAUAAGAGCCUUAAAAGAGUUUGUUUCCACCCUAAUCAUGUACUAUGUUAAAAUUAUUAAUUGUAUACUUCGUUUCAAGACCUUAACUUUGGUUUCACUAGAGUUAUCUUACUUGUGUCAGAUGGAGAUAAUGUCCCAAGUGUUGGGAUUAAACACUAUCUUUGAGUCUAGUUGUCAGCUUAGUUUGUAGCAUAAUUUUUCUUGCUCCAUUAUUAAAUCACAUAAAUUCAGGAGAAUGAAAUCCUUUUGCUGUUAUGAGGUCCCUUGCUCUGGCUAUGGAACGCUAGUUAAAUUUUUUUUUUCCCCAUGGUUCUCAAAUCACCUCUCUAAUCCUUUGGUAUGAAUUUCCCUCUAAAGGAAAAUUUCCUUCUUCUGGCAUAUAGCCAGAAAGGGUUUUGUCUUUGUCCCUCUAUGAUUUUUGUUCAUCUGCCCCAUGUCUUAUAGUUAUAGAAUGGGGCUGACCUUAGUAUGAAUGGGGUUGCAGUAUGUAUCGUUGAUGCCAGAAUUAUGCACUAUGCUGGAAGCUUCAGACUUCACUCUUGCCCUGCUUAAUGUUCCAUUCUCCUGGUUAAAAGCUUGUAAGGCAGAUGAUGAUGUGACUAAUAUAGUCACUAGUCACCUCUUAUUGCUCAUUUCAUUUUAGGGAGUGCAGAAUGUUUCCCACCCCUUAAUUGGAACUUAGUUAUUAUAGCCUUUUCUAUUAGAAGUGAAAAUAAUCUUAAAUAUCAAAUCUCAUGUUAAUUACUCUUUGACAAUAUCAGUGAUGUUUUGAAUUAUGCACAUGUAGUGUAGACAGCACUAGAUACAUUAGAACAGGAACCUUUUGUUUGGUGAAUGUGAGAAGUCAUUUGGCCCAUCUGGGGUUUAGGUUAUGUUUUAAUUUUGUAUCAUUAGAAGAUGUAUUGAAGUUUGGUUGGAAAGCUUUCUUCAAUUUAUAUUUAGAUAAUGUUGAUUAAACUCAAUGACUUUUUACCAUUUGAGGAUUCAUAUUUUGGAAAGAGAAUCUAAAAAUUGCAGAGAGAGAGAUAUUCAAAGCAAGCAAACUAUUGAACUGUUUAUUACCUUUUUGGAUUUUGAACACUCUCUGCCCUUUUCCUUGUUCACUAUUUUUUGAACAGAGAUGAGCCAAAUUUUUGGCUUUAUCUGUUUAAUGGUUAUUAAUAAAAUAUCUUGAAUGAUUAAGACUUAUAAUGGUGUAUCAAUGCAAGAUAAAUAGCAUCCAUACCAUGAUUAUGUGGCAAUCAAAAAGGUUUGAGAGAUGUAGUUUUUGGGUAGAUAUUUUUAUUAAUAAAAAGAUGGUCAUUUUGUUAAAUUAAAGACUGUCAUGGUGGUAGAACUGCCUCCUUUGAUUUAAAAAGGGGGUGAGGGAUUCGAUUUCCCCAAAUCAUUAGUUAUUAAUAAUCAUUACUCAUUUCUCCAUUUGAUUCAAUUGAGUGCGUCAGCCUCCUCAAUGAAUCACUAAUUGUUACAACAAACACUUCAUCAAGAGUUUCUAAAUAUGGGACUUAAGACGAAAGACAAAUCAAGAUGGACAGGUACUUGCCAAAAUGAAAGGGGGCACUUCUCUCUCUUAUGUAGACUUUAGAGAUAACUGCAUAAAGGGAAAGAGUACAAUAAUUAAGCCAAAAUCCCUAUGGUUCUUUGGAAAUAUCUCUGGUUUGGGUAUGCUCUCGGAGCAGUUCUCACCUGGUUCAGUUCACUUGUAGAGAUGUUCUUCUCUGUCUACAAAAUUGAUUUUAGUAUGAUUUUAAAUUUACUUUGCCAUUAACCAGUUCAAAUAAUAAAAAUGAGCUCAAACCUUAAAUUCUAUUAUUAGCAAAUCAAAUUUGGAAGCUUUUAGACUAGGGAAUUUACAAUUUUAGGGUGACCAAUUGCUAUCUUAACAUAUAUAGGAAAUUCAGAUACAAACAGAAAAUUAGAGCCUAGUUUUUAUACUUGGAAUUAUUCAUUCCUUCAUUAGAAGGAUAAGAUUCCACUAAGAAAUUAAUAAUACUUGGUCUUUAAUUCAAGAGUAAAUCAUUUAAGAUUCCAAAUUAACAAAUGACUUCAGGAUGGUACAUAUAUAAAUACAUUGAGUGAUUAAUUUCAAAACAAUACAUAUUAAAUAAGUUGCUAUAAAUUACUCUCCUCAAUGGAAAUUGAUUGGACCAAAAUCGUUUCCUUCAAACAAAACUGAAGAUAGUUCUCAUCUAGCUUUAAUAAUUAAUAGAAUAUGGCUUGACCCCAUAAAUUGCUGAGUCAAUGCCCAAUCAUUCUUACAUAUUUUGAAACAUUUAAGGAGAUAUGUACAUGCAUACAUACACAUACACAUGUGUUACUAGUAACAGAUGUGAUGAGGUCAAAUACUCAUCUACUUUAAUUGUUUAGCAUAUAGAAAGGACUAAAAUUCUAAGCUCAAAAAUACACUUGUAUCUUACUAUAGUAUCUUCUCAGUAUUAGCCUAUAACAUAUAGAUUUACUCUUGUGUUCACACUGAUCAUCUGACACAAAUGUAGAAAUUUGCCAUAAAACAAUCGGGACAUAAGGAAAAAUUCUUCCCUAACUUCUUAUCAGCUCCAGGCAAAAAUUAUAUAAAUAGCCAAAUGCAUUGAUCCAGGCUUAAAGUCAGAUAGGUGGACUAUUUUCCAUUCAAAAGGAAAUGUCAUUUUGGGGUAAAUUGAAUCAAAAUCAUCCUACUUCACCCCAUGCCAAGAGUUAUUCUAUAGCUUUUCCCAUGAGAACUCCACCUGUCUGAUUUCAUAGAUAUAAACCCCAAAGGGUUGCUGGCAUCAUAAAUUCCUUGACUCAGUAGUAUUCCUUUAUGGUCAUACCUGGACUAAGACUCAGAAUAUCAGGUCCAAUACCAUAAAUUCCAGUAAUCAUGAUAUAGAUGGGUUCAGCUCUCAAGUAUCACAUAUUUUAGAUAACAGUAUUAUCUUUCAUUGAUAUCAGCAAGAGAUUUAUCAUGAAAAAUCUUAACUUAUCUUGAUAAAACUAAUACGUAUGGUAAGUGUUUUUUUCAUCCAUAAGUUCAACAAUUUACAAAUGAUUUCGUUUUGAGAUGCUUAAUAACAAAUGACUUAAGAUAGAAUAUAUUAUAUAAUCUUAAAUGGUACACAGGGAACAGAUUAUAUGAAAAGUUGUCUACAGUAAAAUAGCUUUAUUAACCAUGUUCAAAUGGACACACUCCUCAGAUUCCCUUUAAAAAUGGGAACAUCUUUAAGGUGACUCUUAAGUAGUUUGUAUGAAUUUUUAUACUUGUUCUAAUCUCAGAUUAAAUAACAUUAAUAAAAAUGAGAUUUCCUAUUAAAGUGAACAAGAUAGCUCAUAAAUUAGAACUAUUCACUAACAUUACUUACUGACUGUACUGAAAUCCUAUUUAAAUAUAAACAAAAGAGGUUCCUGAUUUUAACCUUACAAGUUAAUUUGUCUGCUUCACAAACUUUACCUUUGUCUAAUUAUAUCAUUCUGAAAGAAUGAGGUACUUCAGGAACUGAAUAUUAUACAUAUGACAAGUUCAGGCACUAAUCUCUUCCUUAGGUUAUUGAAAUGACAACAAAUUCAUAUCAAAACAGCAAGAUCUUUCCCACUUAAAGCUUAUUUCAGUAAUUCAGAUACUGUAGUAUUAAUCUAAUUAAUAGAUUCAGUAUUGCAAUAGCAAACUUCUACUGUCUACCCUGAUACUAGAAAUUUGCUAUGAAAGUUGCAAGCAAGAACAUGAUUAUGACAGCAUCAAAAUUGGUCCUCAACACCAUUACCGUAAGUAACCUGGCAUAUGGGAACAAGUUAUUGCAAUAAAUUUAUUUGUAAAAUAAAAUUCAGUCUGCCUUCUAAAAAUUAAAGUUGCUUUUUUUUUUUUACUUCAUUUACUUUUAACAUUUCUUCCUAAAAAUACUUGUUUCUUAAAAACAGCUUAAAAUUUAUCCUGAUGUUAGAAGGAUAGUAACUAGACUUUCAGAAAGCAAAUUAGUUGGAAACUUCUAAACUAACACCUGUUAUUCAACCUUAAAACAAAAAUAAAUAGUUAAAAUUAGAAAUUAUCAAAAUUAAGUUGGUUUUAAAAGGUUUUUAAAGGUUUAAAAACAAAAUAAAUUUCUAAUCAUAAAUUCCUAUGUAGCACUCAUCCAUUUUCCCCCCAGUCAAAAAAUCUUUGCAAUGGAAAAGAUGCAGUUUUUAUAAACAAAGAACAAAAACAAAAACAAAAACAAAACCUCAUCAGUGUUAUCACAAUAACAAAGCUUUACCAGACCUUUUAAAAAAAUUUGCUUAAUAUCCUUUUCUUUAUGUGUUGUUCUAAGGAAUAAAUUCAACCUAUUCUCAUAUAAAGUAUUCAUUUAGAUUCUUCUCCUGUCUCUCUCUCCCAUAGAUACUCAUCACACAAUUAUCCUGAAAAAGAUUUAUUGCCCACAAAUUUAUAUAUUUCCUCCUUUCUUUUGAAGACAUAUACUGCAGAUUACCAGCUCUUUGCAGUUUGAUUUCACACCUGUAAUCAAAGUACUCUGAACUGAAAUAUCCUAAAAUUCUAAGUUAAAUUGCUGCUUUUGGCAAGAGACCUAAGGAAUUUUAUUUAAUGGAGGCAAGGUGUAGGCAGUUUCUCCAGACCAGAAACUUUUGAAUAACUUUUCAUAAAAGGAGAUAAUUAAAUAAUUGAACAGUACCAAGAAACAUUUAAGGUUUUUAUAUAAUAAUCACAAAUUGUAAUAGCAUUUCUAUGUGUUUUUUUCUUUUUACCAUAUUUAUAAAGGUAGGUGGACAUGAUGAUCAUCUAACUUUACUCUUUAGUGAUUACAGCUUGAUUUCGAAAAACUUUUUCCUUUGUAAUAUCCAGUUCUUAAGUCAAAUCACUGCACUAGGACUAGAUCCUGAAAUCUUAAAAUACUGUUAAUUCAGUUACUAAUCUUAUUACUGACUUUUUUUUUCUUUUUACACACUUAUAUCAAUCUUUUUACAGUUAAAUCCAUAACCCAAAAGAAUUAAAAACUUCACAUUUCUAACAAUAUUUCUAAUAUAACAAAUAAUCAUUAAUGGUAGGCACUUUGAACACAUUACAGAUCACUUUAACUGGGAUAGCUUACUAACUUUCAGGUCCAUAUAGUAUAAUCAUAACGAUGCAUAUUUGGAUCUACUUUCCAAACAAUAUUAUAAAGAAUCUUAAUUUAUAAUUUCAAUGAUUUAAUAUUUUAUAUAAGGGCUAUUUAUUUCAAGCAUUUCAUAUUAUGGGAUUCACUAUUUCCAGCUAAUUUACUACCAAAGAUUUUAAACAGUAUGUGCGAUUUUAAUUGUAACAAAUUCUUUCACACUCAAGAACUGAGUUGUUCCUUAGAUGGUCCCUGAACCCUGGAGUAUUUGAAACUGGUGUGGAACAAGAGGGGCUUGGAACAUGUGAUAUCCUCCAUUUUGAGUGCCAAGCUUGUUGACUUUCUACUUAACAGAAACAUUUCUUCAAAUUAGAAAUCAACUCGCCCUCCUUUCUUUCCUGCUGCUCCUCAUUUUUAGGAAUUUGGAAAGUUAACAAUUUACAAAUCAGAAAAGCAGUAUUUCUUGCACACCUUUCAAUAACAUUAUAAAAACAGCUUUACAGUGUUAAUAUGUAUUUUAAAUAAAUUGCUGAGAUCCUAAAAUAAUUGCAUUUAAGGCUAUGAUAGAAAAACUUCUGAUCAAAGUGUCUUAAAAGACAAAAAAACUUAGUUCUGCAGUUUUAAACAAAUUGGCCUGACAUUCAGACUUAAAGACAGUCUCCUGGAUUUAAUAUAAACAUAAACAUAAUCUACAAACUUUAGCUUUGAGAUCCAAUCAAAUCUGAAUUGAUUCAAUUUUACAAUAACAAAAAAAAAAUUCCCUUUUGCCAAGUGACUAAGAAACUUAGUUUUCCCUCACCAGCCCUUCAAACAGCUUAUUCUAGAUUUUAAUUAGGUGCUAAAUCCAAGAAAGGAAAAAAAAAUAACCUUAUUGUUUUUACAGAGAAAGAGAGACCCUGCAAAAUGAUAAACUCCUGAGUCUUAACCUGCUUUUUCAGUUACCUCUAUCUAGCAAAUACAUGCCAAGCAAAGACAAAACAGAAAAAAGCAUAAAGCAAUCAAAGUUGAGAUAAAAACUAGUUUGGGAAAGGUUUUUAUGCUGCUUUUUUACUUGCUUCCUGUUUCUAUUCAGAGCAAGUAGAUUUUUUUUUUCAGUGCCACCCCAUACUCAAUCCUAUAUUUAGCUUAAUUUCUUCUUAAAAUUCCUUCUGACAUACUUCCGCCUGAACCUUAAGGAGGCUUCUCUCCAAACCCUUUUGGGAAGAAUUUUAAUUUGCUCCCCAAGAUUCAUAGUUUACCAGAGUUGGUACUCUUCAUAGCUUGCCUGUUUCAUUCCACCCUCUUAAGGCUCUCACAAUGAAAUUUGCAAAAAAAUUUUGGGUCAUGCUUGUUUAUUAACUCCCUAAUAAGAGGACUUAAUGGCCAAGUUUUUAAUCCCAAAGUGAACCCCAGAAUUUCUCAGGUGGGUCCCCAUGUCUAUGCUGAAUAUCUCUAGGCAUCCCCAAAAGUCAUCUUAAAAACAGGAUUUCUUUUUUUAAGCUUUCUUCUUUGAGUCAAGGAUUUCAGUUAGCGAGCUCUGUCCCUGUAAACUUGUUUGAGAGGACCCUAUGGUGGUGAGAGUGAAAAUUAGAGAGUUGCAGUAUUAAAAACAUAGACACAAAACAUAUAAAUUUAAUCAGAUACAAUUUAAUUAUUGAUAAAAAGAAAUGUUAUAUCACAGCUAGAGUCCUAACAAAGAACUCUCCUUGUGGAGAACUUUCCAUGGGCCCAAGAUAGAGUAAUUUUUGGUUAAGAAACUAGAGUGCAAAGCUUUGAUCCUUUGUGGUUGCCAUAAUUGGGGUAAUUAAAAGGUUUUAGAAACAGUUUCUGGAUAAUGUAAUCAUUUUAUUAAUAAGGCUAGCAUGUUUAUUAAUAAAAGGAUUGUCAUUUGACAGUCUCUCUUAGACCAAAGACCAUCAUGGUGGUGGGUUCACACACACACACACACACACAUAUAUAUAUAUAUAUACCCUUCAAAGAGUAGAUGUUCCCCUAGUUGGGAAUUAACCCUGUUUGGAUAAUAAUGAAAGAAUGAAUAUAGUAAAGAAGGGCUGGGCAUAACCUUUGUUUAAGUCAUUUAUUUCUUAAAUUAACCCCAGCCUUGGGCAAUCUAGUCAAAGAAUUUAUGCCCCAUCCAAGCCUGAGAAAACAAAAUAGCUAUCCGUAAAUUUGGAUGGGAUCAGAAGAAGAAAGUCCAAUCUCAUUAUUAGUAAUGUCCUUCUAGAGAUUGAACUUUUAAAAUCAGGGACUUUAGAAAAAAGGAGGGCAUUAUGGGUUUUCUCAGCUCAUUGGUCAUUCAUAAUAAUUUAUCUCAUAUUUUAUUAGAAAUGUUGGUACUUUCACAAUGAAUGAUACUUAUUUAAGAUCUGUUAAUAGGUUAAAUUUUUAAUCCAUGAUUUCCUUUUCAUUUUUAAGUAAAUUUAAGAAUGUGAUUUUGAUUUUAUAGCUCAGUCAUUUAAAUUUUUAGAUAUUUUAUACUUUAUUCUUAUAUUUCUUAGUGAAUCACACAUUGUUCUUAAAGUAUUUUGAUUUGCUUACAAGUGUGUGGUGGUCCUUUCGGGAUUCUGUCUUUGUUCUGUGUUCAUUGUGCACAUAGUUAUUAAGUUUACAAACCUGGAAAUUGGAAAGCUGCAUUAAUUUGAAUUGUUUUUUUCAGUGUAUAUUUUGUAUAUGAUCACUGAUGAUUAGAAAUGUAAAUCUAUUCACAAUUAUUUUUAUCUCUUGUAUACUCAAGUGAAUUGUAAGCAUUUCUUUAGGGGAAAAAAAGCAAACCCUUUUUAUUCAGCCCAGCCGAGGAGCUUUUGUUAUGGUUUACAUACUACUAAUCAUUUAAAAUGCUACUUUUUAUGUGGGGGGUGGGGGGAGAAGUAAUUGUGUUGCAGGUAAAACCAGAAAGGUUGGUCAACUUUAGUAAUUUUUAUGGACAAUGACUUUAAAUGGGUACAGAAUUUGAUUGCUUUUUAAACUCUUUCUGACAAUGCUUACCUUUAUUACCUUAGACUUUAUUAAAGAAUUUUGUGAACUUAA